CUAUUUGUUACUUACCAAAUCAACUUCCUUUUUGCUUUGGUUUCUAUGUGCUUUUAGCAACUCAGCUACUCUCUUUGUGCUUCUUCUUCAAUUUCUGACACUUAUGAAACCAUGUGUCACAUAAAGCAGUUUGUUUUUCACUGUUGAGGGGACACUUCCAUAUUUGUAAGGUAAUCCCAGCUUUUGGGAAAAAGAUUCUGCGGUUUUUAGUUGUGACUGUGAUGUGUGUGGGAAUCUCUUGGUGUCCCAAAAAAUAGUGGCUUUUGCAUCCGUGUUUGAUUGGUAGGAUUUUUCUGGUAUAUCACCCUUGCUUAAUUUAUUACCUCAAAGUCAGAGGAUUAUCUCCUGGAGUUUAAAAAUGUAUGUAGUGGAGAGCAAAGGAGGUGCCAUUGUGUGCAUGUUGCUUGCCUUGUUAUUCUUGGGCACAUGGCCUGCUGUUAUGACUCUCCUAGAAAGGCGAGGUCGUCUUCCUCAACAUACUUAUCUUGACUACUCGAUCACUAAUCUCUUGGCUGCUGUCAUUAUUGCUUUGACAUUUGGGGAGAUAGGCAAGGGCACGCCUACUGCACCAAAUUUUUUUACUCAACUUUCUCAGGAUAACUGGCCCUCUGUUUUAUUUGCAAUGGCGGGUGGGGUGGUGCUCAGCGUUGGUAAUCUGUCUACACAGUAUAGUUGGGCUUUAGUUGGUUUAUCAGUGACAGAAGUGAUUUCUUCAAGCUUAACUGUUGUUAUAGGCACAACCAUGAAUUACUUUUUAGAUGAUAAAAUCAACAGAGCUGAUAUUCUUUUCCCUGGUGUUGGUUGCUUCUUGAUUGCGGUUUGUCUUGGCUCUUUUGUUCAUGCAUCCAAUGCAGCUGACAAUAAGGAAAAGCUCAAAAGUUUGUCCACUGAAGGUACAGGUUUUUCCACUUCUAAAGAAACACUUACAAACGAUGUAGUUAGAGAGAGUGAUGUCGAAAAUGGAAGCAGUUCUGCAGACAAGGCCAGAGCUGGAACUGCAGGUUUCCUCAUAGAACUUGAGAACAGAAGAUCAAUUAAGGUGUUUGGUAAGAGCACUAUAAUUGGACUGGCCAUAACAUUCUUUGCUGGAAUUUGCUUCUCUCUAUUCUCUCCAGCGUUCAAUUUGGCAACAAAUGAUCAAUGGCACACUUUAAAGGAAGGGGUCCCUCACUUGUCUGUCUAUACUGCAUUUUUCUACUUCUCAGUUUCCUGUUUUGUGGUUGGCAUCGUUCUAAAUAUCAUCUUCCUUUACCGCCCUAUACUAAACUUACCCAAAUCAUCCCUUAAGGCUUACUUGUCAGACUGGAAUGGCCGAGGCUGGGCCUUUUUGGCUGGGUUCUUGUGCGGGUUUGGAAAUGGUCUUCAAUUUAUGGGAGGUGAAGCAGCAGGAUAUGCAGCAGCAGAUGCUGUUCAGGCACUUCCACUGGUGAGCACCUUUUGGGGCAUACUUAUCUUUGGAGAGUAUCGGAGAUCAUCACGAAAAACGUAUAUACUUCUUGUCAGCAUGUUGUUUAUGUUUGUUGUAGCUGUCGGAGUUCUUAUGGCAUCAUCAGGACAUAGAAAAUAAGUGUGCAGUUGGGGAAGUCAUUGUCUGGAAAUUGUAUAAAACAUAAAUUGUUAAAAUAGUUGACACAGUUGUGAAGAUAGAAGACAUAUGCUGUUGGCUGGUUGAGAUGCAAAAAUGGCCAUGUACAGUGUCACUGUCAUUCCCAAUAUUCAACUACAGAAUUCUCAGUCAUCUCUUUAAAAAGACACAAAUUGGGGCGAGGUUGAUGAGUAUAGUAAAGAAAAAUUGCAAUCAAAUUCUUAAUUUAUCUCUGUUAGCAUGCAGUGGUUGAUUUAGACACUGCCAAUACCUGUAACUUUAAUCUUUGUUUCUACGUUUUUAUAUUUUUCUUUU